UGCGCCUGUUGAUAUAAUAUAAUUUCAGUUUCAAAAGAAUUUGUCGUCACGCGCGAGUAUAUUUUGUUAACAUAAAAAAUGUUUCUGUUCAAUCUUAUACUGCUGCUGGCGGCAGGAAAUGUUGCAGCCGCGGUGGUAUUUGAGGAUUGUGGAUCAGCGUACGAAUUGGAUGAAGUUAACAUAGAUGGGUGCGGCAUGAGGCUGCCCUGCGUAGUUACCUUGGGCGAGAAUGUUCCUGUCAACGUGAAGUUUUAUGCUGGCUUCUCAUCAACGCAACUCGACCAGGAUGUGGUGAUCAAUAUCAACUUGGUAAACUUAAAAACAAAUGUUACUCCAGAGCCCUGUGUAACUGUACAUUGUCCAGUAAAAACCAACGCGGUUACUUCUUUUACCAGCGUUAUGACUGUGCCCACCAAUAUGGCUUUGAAUCAACGGGGCUAUUUGCGUUGGCGCGUAUACAAUGAACAAGGGAGACAAGUACUGUGCUACGCCGUGCUUGUGCAAACUCAGAGUCCACUGCAGAAGAUUCUUCGUCAGGCGAUGGCCCGCGUCCAGGACACGGCCACACCGAGCCACUCCCUUAAUUUGAGAAACGUAAAUGCCACAGAGCUAUCCUACACAGAGAAAAUUGGGAAUGGUCACUAUCAGACAAAUAGUAGAUAGUUCGACUGUUAAGAAUACAUGUAGCGGCAAAUAAUCUAUCAUAUUUUUUCAGAUAUAUUUGCAUUAGUUUUUUGGCAAUUUAAUGGUAAGCCGUUUAGGCUUUAGCGAUUUCGAUGAAAUUUACAAUAGAGGGGCGUAUGAAAACGACAAUUCGAUCAAACUAGGGUACAUCAUGAUCGUGAUGAUGAAACAAUCAUUGUUUAUAUGAUAUAAAGUCUAAUUUCACGAAUUUUCGAAUGAAUGCCUGCAAAAAAUUAGCAAUAAGUAUGAUAGAUUUUUUUCCGUUACUGGUACUACUGUACAUCUAUUAUACCUAAAAUAGAAGGCAAAGUGAUAAUGAAAAGAUAAUGACAGACGUAAUAAAACUGUGAUUUACUGAUAA